UCCGCAUCGUCCAACACUCUGAUAGAACUGAGUUUUAGAAACGUUAAUGGAGACCACUUAGUGAUGAAGAUGUAUUUCAUCUCAGUUUUCAUCCUUUUUGGGACGGGACUGACUGUAAACAGCGAGAAACACUCCCUCAUGUACAUCUACACCGGCUUCUCUAAACCUGUGGGACUUCCGGGCAUCCAUGAGUUCACAGCUAUGGGUCUGCUGGACGGCAGGAUGAUCGACUACUAUGACAGUGAUGUCCAGAGAAAAGUUCCCAAGCAGGAAUGGAUGAAGGAGCGACUUCCUGCAGACUACUGGGAGAAAGGCACACAGUCCCGCCUGAUCAAGCAGCAGUGGUUCAACAACAGCAUCGACAUCCUGAAGAAAAGAAUGAAUCAGACUGAUGAUGAUCUUCAUGUUCUUCAGUGGAUGGUCGGCUGUGAGGGUGAAACAACAGGACCUGAUGGCACAUUAAAGUUUGUCCGUGGUGUGAACAUGUACAGUUAUGACGGACAAGACUUCCUGUCUUUUGACGAUGUCUACUCAGUCUGGGUUGCUGCCACUGAUAUAGCAGUCCAGACCAAGAGAAAGUGGGAUCAUGACCAGGACCUAAAAGAAAAGACCAAAGUCUACCUGGAGAAGGAGUGUAUAGAUUGGUUGAGCAACUUCAUGAAAUAUGGGAUCAAACAGGCUGCCUCUAAGCCAGAUGUCUACGUGUUAGCUAAGAACAAAGAGUCAAACCUCAUGUUGAGCUGCUUGGUCACAGGUUUCUACCCAAAAGACCUCACCCUUAUCAUCAAAAGGAACAACCGCAUUCUGAAUAAAGAGGACGGGUUGAUCUCCUCAGGCGUUCGACCAAAUGAAGAUGAAACCUUCCAGAGAAGAGAUAGUGUGGAGAUUUUAAAGAGUGACAAUGCUUCAUUCACAUGUGAAGUCAUUCACAGAGCAUCCAGUAUGUCUGUUGACAAGGUUUGGGAUCAUAAAGUUGAUGAAGAAGGAAACAACAUGGGCAUUCAUGUUUGGGUGAUUGUAGGCCUGAUCUUCGUUGUCAUACUCGUGGCUGCAGUGCUGGUGGUGUUGAUGACAAGAAGGAUAAUUGGGCCCAGACCACCUCUCGAUGACUCUGGUACAGCACCUGUUGAAGUUGUUCCCUUAAGAUCCAAAGAAUCUCUCAACAGGGAGGAAUCUUGUUUAGACCUUGUUGAAGCUGGUUCCUUAACUGCGCUGAGACGUUUUUCAUUAAUAGUGAGCGCUGUUGCCCCCAGCGGCGGGGGCUCUCGUGUGAAAAGUGAAAUGCUCCAGACCACCUCUCUGCAGUGA